GUCCGCUAUCCAUGCAGUUCCCCCAUCACUAGUAUAGGUUGUAGUGUAGUGUGGUUUCGUCUUGUGUUUCGGCCGUACUGGAGGAAGCUUGGGCUCGACGUAAGACCAAGAUAGCGUCCACCGAUUUCUAAGUUUAGUGAAGGAAGAUGGAGACAGAGCAGGAAGAGGUUGAAUUCACCAACACUGAAACUAACGGUAAACGUCCAGCAGAAGAUAUGGAGGAAGAGCAGGCUUUCAAGAGAUCUAGAAACACGGACAUGAUGGUUGAGCUUCGUAUUCUGCUUCAAAGCAAAAAUGCUGGAGCAGUAAUCGGCAAAGGUGGAAAAAAUAUUAAGGCGCUUCGGACAGACUUCAAUUCCAGUGUUUCAGUCCCAGACAGCAGUGGCCCCGAGCGUAUAUUGAGCAUCAGCGCUGAUAUAGAAACAAUUGGCGAAAUCUUAAAGAAGAUUAUUCCAACUCUAGAAGAGUAUCAGCACUACAAGGGAAAUGACUUUGAUUGUGAGUUAAGGAUAUUGAUUCACCAGAGCUUGGCAGGAGGAAUUAUUGGCGUAAAAGGUGCGAAGAUCAAGGAACUUAGAGAGAAUACACAGACAACAAUUAAGCUUUUCCAGGAGUGUUGCCCCCAUUCUACUGAUAGAGUAGUACUCAUUGGCGGAAAACCUGACAGAGUGGUUGAAUGCAUCAAAGUGGUACUUGAUCUUAUAUCAGAGUCCCCAGUUAAAGGACGUACACAGCCAUAUGACCCUAAUUUCUAUGAUGAAACCUAUGAUUAUGGUGGUUUUACAAUGAUGUUUGAUGAUCGACGAGGAAGACCUAUGGGGUUCCCCAUGCAUGCCAGGGGUGGUUUUGAUCGGAUGCCCCCAGGACCAGGUGGCCGCCCUCUACCACAGUCAAGGCGAGAUUAUGAUGAUAUGAGUCCAAGACGAGGACCACUCCCACCUCCCCCAGGUCGUGGGGGCAGAGGUGGCAGCAGAGCACGUAAUCUUCCACUCCCACCGCCUCCUCCACCUAGAGGAGGGGACCGAAGAGGAAGGCCUGACCAUUAUGAUGGAAUGGGAGCAUCUGCAUAUGGUCGAGGAUCUUAUGGUGACCUUGGUGGACCUGUCAUAACAACCCAAGUAACCAUUCCAAAAGAUUUGGCAGGAUCAAUUAUCGGAAAAGGUGGUCAGAGAAUUAAACAAAUUCGCCAUGAAUCUGGUGCAUCAAUUAAAAUUGACGAACCUUUGGAGGGCUCAGAUGAUCGAAUUAUUACCAUCAUAGGCACCCAAGACCAGAUACAGAAUGCACAGUAUUUGCUUCAAAACAGUGUGAAGCAGUAUUCUGAAGAUUAUGCUUAUGGGUUUUGACUUCUAAACAUUGAGAGGCACAUGCUCAAGGGUUCUAAUGAUUAAGUGGAUUCCAAAAUAUUUUGUUUAGAACAGCCACAACGAAAAAAAAAAACCUGGAAUGCUUUUCUCCUUUUUCGUUGCUCAUGGAGUACAAAUCAAGAUCUGGAUCUCUGGAUGCAUUUGUUAAAAAUAACCAGCAAGCGAUAAGAAUACAGUAACAUCUGUGAGAAUACUCCAUCUCCAAGAGAAUUGUACUGAUUUUUAGUAGAGCCGAGUGAAUAUAUAUAUAUAUAUUCUUUUUUUUUUUUUUUUCUUAUUAUAAAGGCCCCCCUUUUACAUAGAGGGGGGGGGAACGCUAAAGCUUUCAUGUGAAAAUCUAAAUUGGGUUAUACAUUUUUGUGUUAAUUUCUUUAGAAACAAAUGGAAAGUUAAUGUUUUGAACUUUUUUUUUUAUAAUUUUAAUAGUUUGUGCCCUAAAUUGAGGGGGGUUUUCCGUAUUGGAAUGUCUGUUAAAUUGUGGGAUGUGCUAUUUUCACUGUAACAAUGUGCAAAUUAUACACAUUGCUGUUUUAUCACUUUGACAUUGGUAUGUUGUAACUGAAAUUAGUCACGUGAAGUGUGUUAAGAGCUGACCAGCUGUGUGUUUUUGUUUUUUUUAUUAUUGGUAUGGGGGCAACAGGAUUAAAAUAGCAACAUGUAGGGUAUUUGUUUUAAAACUGUUUUAUACUUUGAACCAGGGUGCCUGAAAUCUCAAUUCAUAAAACUUCCAGUUCAAACAAAAUCUUAGUGAAACAAACCUUAUACCUCUUAGGACUUUCCCUGUUUUCUUUUUUUUGUCUUUUUUUUUUCCCUGCACAUAUUUUAAAGCAAAUGCCCCAGUAUGCUUUAUAAGUUUGUUAUAAAAUUGUCACUCUGAAUUAGUGUUUUUCAUUUAUUUCUCUUCCUUUGGAGCAUUGUAUAAAUUUUGAACUUUUAAGUCAGAAACCUAGGGACAGGGUUCUUUGCAUCCCCACUCAUAAUGCUUGGGCUCUAUUAUGCAGUUACGCAUAUACAUUCACACUGUUUUUAUGCAGGCUCUGAAAGUGCAAAGAUGUUUCAUCAUAAAAUGCGAAUCAUACAUAUAUCCAUUUUCACACGUUAUUUGACAGUUUAUAUAUUUGUGCAUACACACACAUACAUACAUAUAGGCCUAGUUUCCAUUAAGGUGGCAAGUUUGGAAACUGGUAGCAACUUAAAAAUUCUCCAUAGACUUUAAUGGAGAUAAAUGUUUUUACCAGCAGUUUCCAAACGUUACCACUGCAAUGGAAACUAGGCCAUAGUUGGUUAUAAAAAUGUUUGUAGUAAGUGGAGUGAUGGUUUAAGACUUUGAUUAAAAUGUUAAAUUAUUUUUAGACUGCUUUGGCGGCUUCUAACCUCAGCACAAUUCUCUUGUGCUUUAUAAGUAAGAGAUUUUACACAUUAAUGAAAUGGCUUUUUUUUUUUUUUAAAAAAAUUAAUAUAAAUGGGGAGAUGACUUGAUAUAGCUUAUGUAUAAUGAGCAAUGAAUACAUAAGCUAAUUCGUCCUUAGUUUUUUGUUAAUGCAAGAGUUGUAUGACUAAAGUAGGACUCUUACAAUGCUUCUGCUUUUAAUUAUCAUUUUAUUUUUUUAGCUGCAGAUUCCACAAGCUUUCAGUGUGUGUAUAUAGCAAGGGUGGGUUAUAUUGGUCUUUGUGCAGUUUUAUAUAGUCUCUUGAAGCCUUUUUUUAUUAUUUUGACAAUUUAAAGCAUGCUUUUCAUCGGGACUUCUUUGUAAAAGCAAUUUUACAGAAUGUGUUGUAGAUAUGUUUAGUUGUCUUAUGGUGAAAAAUUUGGAGGCUUUUUCUAUUAUGCAAUCACUGCUACUUAAAGGACCACUAAAUGCAGUAGAAUUGCAUAAUUAAGUGCAUAAUAAAAAGACAAUGAUUUUAAUACCUACUCUGAAUUUAAAAUAAGUAGAUUUAUUUCUGCCAAAUUAAUUUUUUUCUCCCAUUGUCUGGCCCCCUGCAUCACGUGACGGACAUCAGCCAAUCACAGACUAUUAUAUAUGUUCUUGGGCACUUGCUCUUGUUCCCUAGAAAGUGUGAAUAUAUAAAGACUACAAAAUUGGAUAAUGGAAGUAAAUUGGAAAGUGUCUUAACUGCAUGCUCUAUCCGAAUCCUAAAAGUUUAUUUUGACUUGAGUGUCCCUUUUUUUUUAAUUUAUUAAUCUAUCUCCUGUCAAAUGCAUGUACAAAGAAUCUGGAAUAGAUACUGCUGUAAAAGGAUGUCAAAUUUGUUUGUUUCUGACAAUGCAUGAAAAGAGAAAACUAUUAAUCCGGUGGAGAUACAGUUCUGGUAAAAUUGUAACGUUUACUUGAUUUAAAACCCAAGUUUAUGGUUUAUUUGCUAGAUUUUCCUGAAGAUGUUCUUAAGUCAAGAUAAUGUUAUUCUUGACUCUGAGCUUAAAGUUACUGUAACAUUCUCUAUAUGUUGCAACCCUUAUUCUUAAAAAAUAAAUAAGAACAAACUAAUUUA